AUUACACGCCCCGGUGCCCGCUGCAGGCUCUGGCCCGGCCCCCGGGUGUCCUCCUGGGCUCGCGGGCCGAGAGCAAUCGCUGCCGGCGCCUGGGGAACGGCGCUGCGGCCUAGUGUUACCCCGAGGCCCGGCGAGGUUCGGGAUGGCCUCGGCGUCGUUUUAAACCGGAUUAUUCAGGAGCAGCGUUUGCAAUGCCCAUCUUACCUGUGCUCCAGCCUCAGCUGAUCCGCUCAAACCAGAAGGAUGAGUACUACCUGAACUCUCUGCGAAGCUACGCUAAUGAGAUUUUCCAGAUCUUUGCUGGUGCUAAGCGAUGGCUGGAAUGGAAGAAGGAGAUUGAGUUACUGGCAGACCUGACAUACUUUCUUCUAACAACCUUGGCAGGUUACCAGACACUAGGUGAGGAGUAUGUCAACAUCAUCCAGGUUGACUCCAGUGGGCAGCGGGUGCCUUCCUCUGCCAGACGGGCAGUGCUCAUUGUCCUUCACACCUGCAUUCCUUACGUGCUGGAUCGAGGACUGAACCGUCUAGAGCAGAAUCUGCAGGCAGAGAGCGAGAGAUCCCAGGCACCAGAUCACAGAAACUUACCAAUAAGGCCAGGAGUCUCAUACUGGCUGCAGGAGGCAAUCAGUACCUUGACUGAGCAGCAGAAAAAGGUGUUACUGCAGACUAUCUAUAUCCUGCGACAGGCAACCUCCUUACUCCACCGUCUGCACCUGGGCAUCUUCUAUCUCAAUGGAGCUUUCUACCACAUAGCUAAAAGAUUCACCAGGAUCACUUAUCUGUGCGUCCGUGGUUUAUUCAGUGACAAUGCUGGACUCCGGCGGAGUUACGAAUUGCUGGGGAAGAUUUCUCUGCUGCAGCUAGCCCUGACUGUUGCUAUGCAGGUUAACAGCUAUCAGCAAAGGCAGCGUGCCCGGCAAGAGUGGAAACUCCAUCGCAACCUUCCAUAUUCGAGGAACCCCAGUCGGGACCAUUCAGCCCGCAGCUCCAAAUGCAUACUUUGUCUGGAAGAACGCAGGCAUUCAACAGCCACACCAUGUGGCCACCUCUUCUGCUGGGAAUGCAUCACGGAAUGGUGCAAUACAAAGGCAGAAUGUCCACUUUGUCGGGAGACAUUCCAGCCACACAGACUCAUCUACUUGCGUCAUUACAUUUAGGAUGAAAGAAAUAGCAUUUCUUUAAUGCCUGUCACAACUUCAAGAGAUCCCAAAGUGCUUUACAGCUAACGAAGUACAUUUGACCUGCAAUUAUUUAAGUUUGAAAGAAGAGGCUCAAUAGAUGUGUGGUUCGGAGAUUUCCAUCUGAUUGACAUUGAAGCACAACAACAAAAGAGAACAAAACAACGAAGUCAGCAGCAUGUCUGCUCAAAGGAAUUGUGACAAGUACGCUGAAAUAUUACUGCUUUCAAGAUCAGAUGAAAACCUUAGAGUUCAGACUGUUUGAUGCCAAGUUUUAUAUCUGAACAUGAGUUGAAGUGCUAAACCAUUUUCCUUUGCCAUUGUUUAUCCUUCUAUUCUUCGGGAUAUUAUAACUUUGGUCCACUUCCAUUGGAUGCAGCAACUGAGGAACUAACUUGUUCUGUGUACUUAAAUUGUAGGAGAUAACUCAACCAUGGAGGAUCUCCAGAGUGCUGUACUUUUUAACUGGUGAGAAUGCAGGAGCUGAUAAAAGUCCCCUGCUCCCUUAUAGCGCUGGUUUGAAUGAGAUAUUGUUGUCCAGGCUAGCACAAACCACAACUGGCUCUUGCUGCUGUUGUGUAUUGCUAAGUCCAGUAAUGUUAAGAGUUUACAGUGUACUUACCCAUACUCUGGGAAAAUGACAGCCAUCUAAAGUACUUUUUACAAUUCAGUGGUCAGGCCAGUCACUUUAUUUAAUUCAUUUAAUUGUUUCAUUUUUGUUUUCCCAGAGGAAGAGGGCUGAGAAACAGCAUUACAAAUUUAUUUUGUUCACCUUUAUUACAAGUAAAGAAAAGUUAUAACAUGUGACGCAGAGUUGGGAGUUCUUAAAACCUAGCACAAGAAACAUCUUUAUUUAAAGAAAGGCAAUUGGAUGUGUAUGUGGUGCUGCAUAAUGCAACACAUCGAUUUGCACAAUGAGUAAUGAUUUGGUUUCAUAUAAAAUUAUAUAAAAUGCACCAUUGUAAGAGCUGCUUUCUCUCUAAUCUGAUUUUAAAACAUCAAGCACACCUACAUCACACUGGGACAACACUACAGAAAUAAAAAUCUCAUUAAGCUAAAAUAAAAACGGUAAUGUUGCAGAGAACAAUUUCUGUGCAGUGUUUAAAUUCAUCUCCAGUUACUCCCAACACCAUUGGACAGAUCUGUAACAACUGGUAAUUUCCCCCUCAUGGAGUCAAACAUCCACCUGUUUAUUUAAAUAUAUCAAAAGGAGAUGGGACUACUUCUAGUAAAGGAUGCUGGGAUUAUUCCCUCAGACAGUAUAAAAGGCUGCAAAGGCCCUGACUCUAAAAUUCUAGUUGACAUAAACAUCACCUAUGGGCAUUGUUCACAAUGUGAAGCAGCAGGUAGCCAGGGUUAAUCUUAAAAA